AUGGCUGCACUGCCGUUAAUGGUGGUGGAGGAGGGCAGCGGAGGGGGCGGCAGAUCCGAGAGGUGGUUGGGGGAAGGCAACGGAGAGAGCGGCAGAUCUGAGAGGUGGUUGGGGGAAGAUGAAGGCGGUGGAUCUGGUGUGGUGGUGGGGGAAGGUACGGCGGAUCUGGUGAUAGUGGUGGGGAAGGGCGAUGAAGAGAGAGGUGUGGUGGUGGGGGAAGGCAGCGGAGGGGGCGGCAGAUCUAAGAGCUGGUUGGGGGAAGGGCGAUGGAGAAAGAGGUGUGGUGGUGGAGAAGGGCGGCGGGGCGGCGGCAGAGCUGACUAA